UCAACAGAACUUAGUCGAAGCCAGCAUAUCAGACCUGCAACAUGCACUUUCAACAGGCUCAAUCACAAGCGUCGAGCUCGUUGCCAAGUACCUCCAACGUAUUGCAACAUACGACAUCCGAGGUCCUUGCUUGAACUCCAUUCCCAUCUUGAACCAAGAUGUAUUCGACCAAGCUACUGCUUCUGAUGCAAGACGAGCAGCCGGGACCCUGCUAGGUCCUUUAGACGGCAUUCCAUACACGAUCAAGGACUCUAUGAAGUACAAAGGCAUGACGUGUAGUUCAGGUUCACCAGCACUCGAGCAUUUGGUCGCGAACGAGGAUUCGUUCGUAGUUGAGCAACUUCGCAAAGCUGGUGCAGUGUGUAUUGGACGAACUAAUACGCCUCCUAUGAUGGCUUCGGGCAUGCAUAGAGGUGUGCUGGGACGAGCAGAGAGUCCGUAUAAUUUGGAGUAUCUGACAGCAGCUUUUUCAUCUGGCUCAUCGAAUGGUUCUGGGACUUCUACUGCUGCAUCGUUUUCUGCUUUCGGACUCGGAUCUGAGACUGUGUCAAGUGGAAGGUCUCCGGCAUCGAAUAACGCACUUGUGGCGUAUACUCCUUCAAGGACAGUCAUCUCUCCUCGAGGGGCUUGGCCACUUUAUCCUACUUGUGAUGUGCUCGUACCGCAUACCAGGACGACGGAAGAUAUGUUCGCUAUCCUUGAUGUCUUGACUGCCGUCGAUCGGACCAAAGAUGGCGACUUCUGGCGCGAACAAACUUUCGUUAAUGUUCCUGAAGUUGAACGACCACGAUCUUUCCUGGACCUCAAAGAUUCAUCGGAAGGAUCUUUGUCCGGUAAGAGGAUAGCUAUACCAGCAAUGUACAUUGGAGGUCAUGAUCCCAAAGCUCAGCCGACUUUCGUUUCGCAAGAAGUGAUUGAUCUGUGGCAGCAAGCUAGAAAAGAUAUCGAAAGCCUAGGGGCGACUGUGGUCGAGACGGAUUUCCCGUUGGUGAGCAACUAUGAGCCAACCAACAAUGUCGUUGGAUUCAAGCCGGACUGGAACAGUAAGGAACGAGGCGAGCUGGUUGCAUAUUUAUGGGAUGAUUUUCUACGAGAGAACGGAGAUCCCAACUAUCCUAACCUCGCUUCAGUCGAUGGCAAGAACAUGUUUCCGAGACCAGAAGGAUAUAUCCCGGAUCGGUACAUGGAAGUCAGGAACUUUAUGAACUACCCAGGCCUGGUAGAAACGGCCCGCAAUCGUGAUGGCAAGAGCAUCUGGCAAAUCUCCGGCCUCGCCUCAGCCCUCCCCGCCCUCGAAGCCCAACGCAAACGCGACCUCGAAGACUGGAUGGACAAUCUCGCCAUCGACCUCGUCGUCUUCCCCUCAGCAGGCGACGUCGGCAAAGCAGAUCUCGAUACAAACGACGAAAGUGCCCGACACGCAUUACAAAACGGCGUGAAAUAUUCCAAUGGCAAUCGUGCGAUCCGACAUAUGGGAGUGCCGACAGUUUCUGUUACUAUGGGAUUUAUGCCUACUUCGCAAAUGCCGGUGAAUUUGACUUUUGCUGGGAAACAUGGGCAGGAUGUGGAGUUGUUUAGGUAUGCGAGGGAGUUUGAGCAGAGUAAGGAGAGGAGGAGGGCGCCGCCUGUUACGCCGAAGUUGGCGUCGGAUGAGAUUAGGAUACUUGAUGGGGUGCAGAAGGAAGGUGGCAGGGCUGAGAGUUCUCUUGACCUGACUGUUUCGACUGCAGUCCGCGUCAGCGAGAAUGAGGUGCAAGUGACUGGCACAAUCCAACCUGCCGCCGGAACUGCAUUGGAAGUCACAAUCGAUGGCAAACCCGUACCGACCCAGGACAUUAAAAUGGAAGGCGAAAACUGGUCCUUCAAAACGACAUUCAACCCCUUCGAGCCCCGCACCCCACUCUACGGCGGCGUUGGCAAAGUCGUCAACAACGUGUUAAUCACAAUUCUGGCAAAGAGUGGGAAAGCAGCAAGUGGAAAACUUGUUUUCAUUGAGCAAAAGGCGCAGAUACAGCAGCAGUAA